AAACGCUGCUACAGUACAUUGAUGCAAAUGGAGUUAGCUAACGUACGUUGCGUGUCAUGAGAACACGUUAAAAUGCCUGUUUAAAUGCUAUGUAGUUACUUUUCUUAAGUUGAUGAAGCAUGCAAAAACUGUCCUAUGUUUGGGAUUUUUACAAAGGGGAGAACGAGUAUAUUUGCGUGGUUUACGCUCUUUCGUCACUCGUAAUGUCAAGUAAUUGACAGAAUGUCCUCGUUUGAGCUUUGAUAAGAGAACCAACUUCAGAUUAAUUUAUUUGCUUAGCAAAGUAAACAUUUGGCCUCUGCCAGCCUGCGUUUGACCCGCGCACCGCUGGAUUAUUGCUGGGGUGAUGCGCGUGAAGAAACUCACAAUUACGAGAUAAAUAAGAUGCCUUUGGGCAGUACUACAGUUACAUUUUGUAUUUUUCAUGUGAAGAUCAAAGUAUAUUUUGUAGUAGCUACUAUUAGCAUAAGUAAGAGUUAAUUUAAUUUUGGACCCAACGUGUUCAGUUACUGCGUAUGGAAACAUGUCUUCUCGUUUAAUUGGCCAUAUUACUGUGUAUUAAAUCCCUGCGCCAUUUUUAUACUUGUAUAAAAAAUGGCUGGUUGCUGUGGCCAACAUGGAGGGGGUGCAGAUUUGCAAGCGGGCAGGGGGUUGUGGGAUAUUUCACGAGACAGAGUGGGAACCGGGAAUGUGGGGCCCAACGUUGCAACACUUUCGCCCCGAAGCCACUGAGGCGAAAACUCCUUGUUUCCCAGGUUACGUACUGUUACGGUUGCUCUCAAGCCCCCGCAAACAUAACGAAGCCAACACCAAGACUUCCCAAAAACAACCAAUAACUCUAUUUAAUUACACAUAAGAGAUACUAAAAUAGCUGCAAAACACAAGAUAAAAUCAAGACCCGGCCGUGGUCGAGAGGUGAGGAGAUAAAGCCCCCAUCUCUUGAGAAGCCGACUCCAGGCAUCUUAAAAGGGCACCGCCACAGGUGCUCUCAAUUACCUGUAACAAGACACACGCAUGUGUCCAAACGGCCAGCGCCCCCACCUGAGGCGGAGGGACGUAACACUUACCGACCACGUUUCACAUGGUAAUUCGGAAAACAUUCCCACAACUCUUCUCUCACAAGCCCUGGACUUGCGCUUUUCCACCCGAUUAAACCCAAGCUUUUCGCUGAGAAGUUUGUUUACGCGACGGCGCAAGAGGUGAGGCCGCCUGCACUCUGUUCUUUUGAAAAGAAAGAAGGAAAGAAACAGAACAGUAUUCAAAUGCACUGGGACCCACCAACGAAAAUACGGUACGGGGUGUACAGAUUUAGGACUGUUGCCGAGUGUCCCAAUAUUUCAAUAAGCCGUUCACGUGGUUUUCAGCUUCUGGUAAUCGGUGACGUCGUUUAUCAGAAUCAGCCCGAGACGAAUGCGGGGAGGUUCUUUCGCCUCGCUGCCGCGAGAGGGCAGGUUUCCAUUGGACAAAAAUGUGACCCGAUGCCGUUUCAACAGUCGCUCGUUCUGCGUGACAUCCUUAGACAAUGAAGUCAAAAUAAACAUCCCCAUAAGGUUGCUGUUUGCUGCUGGUAUCAAUAUUUGGAUAUGUAUAAAGGACACCAUGUGUACUUGAAAAAACAUUGAUUAUCGUGGUUUUAACUCAUGGUUGUUCAAAAUGAUAGGCGGCGCGUGUGUAGUCAGUAGGCAGUGACUUGGAACAUGCUUGUCAGGAUAAUGAUUAAUAGGCUAACUAUGGUAGAAUAAUUUAGGAAAUGAAAUUAAGAAUAAUCUGGCCAUGCAUGUUUGAUCAAUAAGAUCACCAGAAAAUAACAUUCUAGUCUACUGUAAAAUGAAGAUGGUGGUUUUUUGAAAUUGUUUUUAUCGCUGUUUGUGUUUGUUAAAUGAAAUUAGAGCGUGAAUGUUGGGAAUUCCACGUCAAGAUGUCCGUUGAAAGAAUUUUCCUUUAACGGGCAUUCGGGUACCACGUCGGCUAAGUGGUUCCACUGUGACCGAUUAAGUGGGCCACAUUAAUGGAUCGCGCGCAGACUUUCUCCUUUAUUUAACCAAGCUAAAUCGAAAUUGUAAUAAUGAAUUAUGUUAGUCGUAUUAACGGCCUCGCUCACAGGCGAAAUGGAGAGUGAUAUCCGUGCAGUGUCACUUUAAACCGGAACCGCAACACAUUUUCGGGAAGACCUGCUUUUUGGAACGGCCGCCAGUUCCCGCUCGUGGCCACAGCCAAGCAGGGGCCGGAAUUAAAACUAUCCUCCAUUCGUAAUAUAGGAGAAAAAAAACAAAUGUUUAUGCCGGAGAACCUUACUCUUACCACGACAGUUAACAAAAUGCCCGCUGCUUUUGGCCUCUGGGAACAGGGAUGAAGACGAUGAUAGCCUAGGCCUUCGCUUGGUGAUGGCAAAACAAACAAGCAAAACACUGCAGCUGCAGCCUACUGCAAAAUGGAUUGCUGCUUGCUUCGACAACUCAUAAAAGAUAUUUUUAAUCUUCUAAAAAUACGAAUUAAACCAAGAUACCAACGUCGUAUGAUUUUUUUUUUUUUAAAUCCUUGAAUUUAGGUUAGGCUAUUGAACAGCGACUCCUUUAAAGUGCGGCCCAACACUGGGAGCACUGUCUUGAUAGAGCGUCUAGUAGCCUACUUGGGACGACGACAGUGCCCCUCAAACAUCGUAAUAUUAAACUACAUCCCAUGACGAUGGCCUACAGAAGGCUGUUCCUCUGCCAACUCACCGAUGUUGAACCGUCCAGCUGUGAGUUCUGCCAAAUGGCUACGAACUCUAAUUGGCCGAUGACGCCAUCGACUACAACCGCGCGGCAGAAUAAACCUGCCUUCCCAUGCGUAACUGACAGUGCAUCCCGGUCUGUGCAGCCUGACACGCCAACUUGCGUAAACUUGAACGUUCGUAUACGACUGUUCCGUUUAUAGCCGCUAGAGGGAUACCUGCGCCGUCUUCUGAACUCCGUGGAACACCGUCCCGUCUGAGAAACGCCAGAGAAAUUAAAUUGCCGUCAGGGGUUACCUGUGACUUCCCACUCCAGUUUUUUUUUUUUUAAGCGAAACUUCAGAGUGGCUUGCUUCAGUUUAACAAAGACAUGCAAAACAACCAGCCUCCAGUGCGGACGCCAUCCCUGCUCUAAGCCUUCUGCUUCUGACAAAUCAAUGAAGAUUCUCAAUGCUGGUUACCCGCUCCCCAUCUCUCUUGAAAUGCUUCUGCGCGGUUCAACUUUCAAACCUGAGACUCAACUUAAGGAACCCAAUUUGGACUUUUAGAGAUGUGGCGGGUCACUUUUAUUUAUUUUCAAUUUUAUUGAUAGUAGGCUAUUUAUUUUUCUGCGAGAUGGACAAGGAAACGGUCUGGAGGAAGCUGUGACAAAUUGUGAACGGUUGAGGUUACCGCAAGUCAAUCCAGACAUGUUUUGGGAGCACUGAUUGGAAUAGCUUCUGACCAGUCGAUACAAAAUGAUUACCUAUUAGUCAUCCCUUUUUAAAUAAGUUUAAUUCAAUUGAGACGUGGGACACUUGCACGAAUUAACAUAGUCAUCUCCCCCUCGGUCCGUGUUUUAGAGUAAUACUUUUUUUUGCUUAUAGUGGGGGUAAAAAGGGGGUUGUGCCUUAACAUUAUAAAAAGAAAAUAACGGCUUAGCCUUAUUGUUUGUGUGUCUUGAAUGUGUUUCUUGUAAAGCUAUUAUAAUGACCAAAUCGAAGACUCUGGGAAGAGGAAGACGUUUAUAGGGGGGGAAACUAGGAGAUAGGAUUCUGUGACUUUAUUUAUUGCUAUCGUUAGUUAUUUUGAACAUUUCUCUUCACCCCUGUUGAAAAUGAAACUUUUGACAUCGCUCCCCUGGCUUGCCUGCCUCGUGGCUUUCCUCCUGUCUUGUGGAUCAGAGUGUGGAAUCGUCCGGGGUAAGGCGAGAUCUAAAAGAGACUUGGUGCGCAUGAGGGAAGCCAAAGCCACCUUCCCCGGGGCGUGUGCCACGCGACUGCCCCGGGGAAAGCGUUCUCUCCCUGGAAUGGAACGGCGGUCGCCUCGCCAGUCGCAGGCUGGCUCUUCGGGUCGGCACAAAGCGGUGUAUUUUACCGGCAGAGGGGACCAGCUCCGACUCAAGCCAGGUGUUGAGAUACCUAGAGGAAAUUUUACCCUGGAAAUGUGGAUCAAACCAGAGGGAGGUCAGCGUUCACCGGCUAUAAUAGCAGGUCUGUUCGACAAGUGCUUCUACGCCUCCAGCGACCGGGGGUGGCUGCUGGGCAUCCGGGCGGCGGGCGAGCAGGGCAACCGGGACCCGCGCUUCUUCUUCUCCCUCAAGACGGACCGGGCGCACAAGGCCACCUCCGUCGCCGCCAACGCCCGCUACGUGCCGGGCCAGUGGACGCACCUGGCCGCCUCCUACAGCGGGCAGCAGAUGCGCCUGUUCGUCAACGGCGCCCAGGCGGGCGUGAGCCGCGAGCAGUCGGGCGAGGUCUUCAGCCCGCUCACCCGCAAGUGCAAGGUGCUGAUGGUGGGCGGCAACGGCCUCAGCCACAACUACCGGGGCGCGGUGGAGGGCGUGUCCCUGUGGGGGCGCGCGCGCGAGCAGCGGGAGAUCGCCCGGGCCGCCCGCGCCCGCCGUCGCCCGGGCGACCCCGACGGCCUGGUCGUCCACGAGACCUUCGAGCACCCCGCCCGCAAGUGGCUGACCAUGAAGGACGGCGUGUUCCCCCGGCCCGUGCCGGGGAACCCCGGCGGGUCCCUGGACACCUCCCUAGACCCGCCCGCCUGCGGCCAGACGGCGUGCGACAACGUGGAGGUGGCGGCCAGCUACAACCGCUUCUGGGAGUUCCGCAGGCCCAAGACGGUGCGCUACCGCGUGGUCAAUGUCCACGACGACGCGCACCCCCGCCGCGCCCGCCCCACCGUCACGGCCAAGCAGAUCGAGCUGCAGCACCGCCACCUGAGCGAGGCCUUCGCGCCCUACAACGUCAGCUGGGAGCUGAGCGUGCACAACGUCUACAACGCCUCGCUGCGGCGCCGCCUGGUGCUGGCCAACUGCGACGCGGGCAAGGUGGGCGACGAGGAGUGCGACCCCGAGUGCAACCACACGCUGACGGGCUUCGACGCCGGCUACUGCCGCCGGCAGCGGGCCGACUGCCCGCCGGGGAAGGCCGGGGACGGCGUCUGCGACCCGCAGUGCAACGGGGACGGCCACGCCUACGACGGCGGGGACUGCUGCAACCCCAACGUCACCGACGUCACCAAGACCUGCUUCAACCCCGCCUCGCCGCUCAGAGCGUAUUUGGACGUGAAGGAGCUGAAAGACAUCUUGAAGCUGGACGGCUCCACGCACCUCAACGUCUUCUUCGCCAACUCCUCGGACGAAGACCUGGCGGGAGUCGCCACCUGGCCCUGGGACAAGGAGGCCCUCACGCAUUUAGGCGGGAUUGUGCUGAACCCCUCCUUCUACGGAACGUAUGGCCACACCCACACCAUGAUCCACGAGAUCGGCCACAGCCUGGGGCUGUACCACGUCUUCCGCGGGAUCUCCGAGAUCGAAUCCUGCAACGACGCCUGCCUGGAGACGGAGCCGUCCAUGGAGACGGGCGACCUGUGCGCCGACACCAACCCCACGCCCAAAUACAAGCACUGCCGGGACCCGGAGCCUGGCAACGACACCUGCGGGCACUGCCACUUCACCCAGACGCCCUUCAACAACUACAUGAGCUACACGGACGACGACUGCACCGACUCCUUCACGCUCAACCAGGUGUCCAGGAUGCACUGCUACCUGGACCUGAUCUACCAGUCCUGGCAGCCCGACAGCAAGCCGCCGCCGGUGCCUCUGGCGCCCCGUGUGGUCGAGCAGGAGAACGACGCCCUCACGCUGGAGUGGUUUCCACCAAUCACGGGACAGUUCUACGACAGAGAAGUGGGAUCUGUGUGUGAUAAAUGCACAGAGGGGCGGGUCCUCCUGCAGUACGCCUCCAACGCCUCCUCGGCCCGCCCCUGCGCCCCCUCCGGACACUGGAGCCCCCGCGAAGCCGAGGGUCCGCCGGACGUGGAGCAGGCCUGCGAGCCCAGCGUUCGCACCUGGAGCCCCAACGCGGGGGCGGAGCCCAGCAGCGUGGGGUCCCCGCCCUGCCCCCUGCAGGGCUGCAUGCUCCAGCUGGAGUUCGCCCUCCCGCUGGUGCCCGACGCCCUCACCGCCUGGGUCACCUUCUUCUCGUCGGACGAGGCGGCCCCGCCCGCCCUCCACGACGUGGUCCUGCUGACCGUCGCCGGGGGCAACGUCUCCCUGGGCCCCAGCGCCGUGUUCUGCGACACGCCCCUGACGCUCCGGCUGGACGUGCAGGAGGAGGUGUACGGCGUGCGCUUCUACACCGCCGAGCAGCACCUGGAGAUCGACGCCGCCAUGCUGACGUCCCAGCCCGACUGCCCGCUCUGCCGGGGCUGCGAACCCCUCCGCUACCGCCUCCUCCGCCGCCCGCCCGUCUCCCACGCCCCCGAGGGCCACGCCCUGCCCGCCUCCAGCCGCAGAUACGUGGACAGGGACGUGGUGCCCGGCGUGGAGUACACCUACCAGGUGGUGACCGUCUCCAGGACGGCCGAGAGCGAACCCUCGCCGGCGCUGACCCACCAGCUGGGGGCGCACUACUGCGGGGACGGCCGGAUCCAAAGCAUUUCAGGGGAGGAGUGCGACGACAUGAACGCGAUGAACGGGGACGGCUGCUCCAGCCGCUGCCAGAAGGAGCCGCUCUUCAACUGCGUCGGGGAGCCCAGCCUGUGCUACUUCUACGACGGGGACGGCGUGUGCGAGGACUUUGAGCGGGAGACCAGCGUGCGGGACUGCGGCCUCUACACCCCCAGCGGCUUCCUGGACCAGUGGGCCACGGCGGUGGAGGCGUCCCACGAGGAGCGGCUGUACUGCCCCGCCGAGGUCGCCGUGGGUUACCCGGCGGUGACCAAGACCUGCCAGUCCAGGGUUUUCGACCUGUCAGACGGGAUAUCCCAGUACGCUUGGUUCCCCUGCCGCGAGGCGGAAUUGCCCUCCUGGUACCACCAGUAUUGGCUGAAGGCGUACUUCUCUCACCCCAUGGUGGCGGCGGCGGUCAUCAUUCACCUGGCGGCCGACGGGACGGGCUACAUCGACCAGACGCAGUGCAACAUCACCGUCCAGCUGGUGGACACCAAGGAGCAGAUACACAGCUUGGGGGAUUGGCGGCUGAGCUGCAGGAAUAACCCGCUGGUGGUCCCGGUGACCCACGACCUGAGCGCCGCCUUCUACCACACCAAGGCCAUCCUGGUCCUGUUCCGGUCCAACCUGGUGGCCAUCUCCGGCGUGGGCCUGCGCUCCUUCCUCUACUUCGACCCCAUCACCAUCAGCGGUUGCCAGAGCAACGAGAUCUACAACCCCAUGGGUCAAAGCUGCGUCCAUUACUCCUGCGAGGCUGUCGACUGCCCUGAACCCACGGUUCGGAACGCGGAGGUCCAGUGCAGCGGCCCGGGGUACCUGAACGGGGCCCGCUGCACCAUCACGUGUAACCGCGGAUACGUGCUGCAGAUCCACCGGGACGAUGACAUCAUCAAAACGCAGUCCGUCUCCACGGUGACCAUCACCUGCGCCGACGGGAAGUGGAACAAGCAGGCGUCGUGCGAGCCGGUGGACUGCGGCAUCCCGGACAAGUACCACGUGCACCCCGCCCUCUUCCACUUCUCCGAGGGGACCACCUACGGCAGGAGCUGCACCUUCCAGUGCAGGGAGCCCGCACAGCUCGUAGGCUCUAACAGCACCCUGAUCUGCAUGGAGGACGGUCUCUGGUCCUUCCCCGAGGCUCUGUGCGAGCUGCGCUGCCCGCCGCCGCCGCCGGUGGCUGACGCCGUCCUCCAGACCAAGCGCUGCAACGGCACGGGCCUGAAGGUGGGCACGCUGUGCAAGUACAAGUGCCAGCCCGGAUACCACGUCGCCGGAAAGCCCAAGAGACGGGCGUUUAAGAGGCAGUGCACGGAGGACGGGACGUGGCUGGAGGGGUCCUGCCAGCCGGUGACCUGCGACCCCCCUCCGCCCAUCUUCCACGGCGUGUACCACUGCACCAACGGCUUCCGCUUCGACAGCACGUGCUGGAUCGACUGUGAGGAGGCGGAGCGAUCAGGCCAAUCGCAAGCUCCGUGCAGACAGAGCGCCAAUGUGAUCCGGUGCAAGAAGGACGGGACGUGGACGGGCUCCUUCCAGCUCUGCCCCCAGGCGAAGGGCCAGUGCUCCCUGCCCCGAAACCUGAACCCCAGAGUACGGCUCAGCUGCAAAAAAGGCUACGGGAUAGGUGAGGAGUGUGAACUGACCUGUAAGGAGAGGACCAACAACGUGGUCAUUCUGCCCGGCAACAUGACGACCGAGCUCUUAAAGAAACAGCACUGGGUGAACCCGGAGAAAGUAAAGAGCAUCGUCUGUACUAUGGGACUGAAGUGGUACCCGCCCCCUGAAGACCUCCACUGCAUCAAAGGCUGUGAGCCUUUCAUGGGUGACAAUUACUGCGAUUCCGUGAACAACCGGGCCUUCUGUGACUACGAUGGAGGUGACUGCUGCCAAUCUACUGUCAAGACCAAGAAGGUGGUGCCGUUUCCGAUGUCAUGUGACAUCAGAAAAGAGUGCGCCUGCCUGGACCCCAAGGCCCAGGAGAACAGCAAAGGCAACCAACCUCAUUCGCUGGGCUGAGCCCCGCCCCCCUUCUGACCCCGCCCCCAUUGCGCUGAGCCCCACCCACCUGCUCCCCCCCCCCCCUUUCAUGAAGGAGAAGAGUGGAGGAGUAACACGUUUCCUCCCCCCCAUGCUGCUUACGGUCUGACCUCUGCACUCAUGCCCAGAUACACACACCCCCCCCCACCACCCCCCCCCCCCCCCCCCUCAGUGAGACAAGCCAGAACCAGAAAAGACUGGUGUGGGAGUGAAGGACGGUACAAGCGAAGGGGUUUUUUUUUUUUUAGACAAAAAAACAUGAGAACGGAAGAACACGGGACAGUCGGGCAAAUAAGAAGGAGAAGGAGAAAGAGCGAGCGGAAAGGCAACUCUUCUUUUAAACGGCUGCCACAGACAGAGGAUCCCGAGUUGCAUGUCUUUCUCUCGUUUGGUGACGGCUCUGCGGUUCCAUUUCAUUGGCCGAGCUGCAUGACCUCUUUGUUUUUCUUAAGGUCUGUGGAAAACAUCAAAAAGAAAGUCCAGAGGUUUUGACCAAAUGAAGAAGGCAUGUUUUUUUUCUUCCCUCCGAGUAUGUUGCUUUAGUAAAUAAAAUAGGGGGUUACCACGGAGCUGGGGCAGCUCCCUCCCCUGCUCUUGUGUCUCUGACCUCUGAACUUUGACCUCAAGCCCCCGAUGACUGCAAAAAAAGGUUUGCUUCUCGUGCCCUUUGACCUUUCGUGGUGGGAACGGAACGCCUUUCAUUCUACAGAUGAGAGAGAGAGGGAGACUGUUGCCGUGGACACGUGAUAGGUCGGUAAUACGAUGGGGAGCGAUGUGGGGGACGGGUCACUAGACGCAAAAUACGGAGGAAAAAGUUGGAGGGAAAAAAGGUUGAAAAUAGAAAACGAGGUGAGAAAAGGGGGCUGUUUCCAAAUGUUUGAGGAGGAUGACAGGUGGUGUUAGCGUAGCCGUUGCUGCUAAAGCUAGUGCUACUGGUCGCCUCCAUGUUACCUGUCACACAACCAACCUUCUGACCCCACCAACUGUACACUUAACGGCCAGACAGAGCCCAGUUUGCCCGAAUGUACCUGCCAAUCUACAAUACACCUGCACAUCUACAAUACACCUACACAUCUACAAUACACCUGCACAUCUACAAUACACCUGCACAUCUACAAUACACCUGCACAUCUACAAUACACCUGCACAUCUACUAUACACCUACACAUCUACAAUACACCUGCACAUCUACUAUACACCUGCAUAUCUACAAUACACCUGCACAUCUACUAUACACCUACACAUCUACAAUACACCUGCACAUCUACUAUACACCUGCAUAUCUACAAUACACCUGCACA